GAUCUGACAGAAACAUCUUUGGCUCUCGGUGUCUGGACAUAGGAGUUGUCUUCAGCUGUUCUGAAGUACAAGACCUUUUAAAUCACUGUAGAUAUGGACAAAGAAGAAAGGAAGACUAUCAAUCAGGGUCAAGAAGAUGAAAUGGAAAUUUAUGGCUAUAAUUUAUGUCGCUGGAAGCUUGCCAUAGUUUCUCUAGGAGUGGUUUGCACCGGUGGCUUUCUCCUGCUCCUCCUCUAUUGGAUGCCUGAGUGGCGGGUGAAGGCAACUUGUAUUAGAACUGCAAUUAAAGACUGUGAAGUGGUGCUGCUGAGGACUACUGAUGAAUUCAAAACGUGGUUUUGUGCAAAAAUUCGCUUGCUUUCUCUGAAAACUCAUCCAUUUUCGAGUCCAAAAUCUGUGGCUAAUAAGGUUUCAAAUGGCCAUGCUGUUCUUUUAACUGAAAAUUUGGCCGAAGAAAACAGGCAUGAGAUAAAUAAAUAUUCACAGACACAAUCAGAACAGAUUCGUUACUUUACCCACCAUAGUGUAAAAUAUUUCUGGAAUGAUACCCUUCACAAUUUUGAUUUCUUAAAGGGACUGGAUGAAGGUGUUUCUUGUACGUCAAUUUAUGAAAAGCAUAGUGCAGGACUGACAAAGGGGAUGCAUGCCUACAGAAAAUUGCUUUAUGGAAUAAAUGAAAUUUCUGUGAAAGUGCCUUCUGUUUUUAAGCUUCUAAUUAAGGAGGUUCUCAACCCAUUUUACAUUUUCCAACUGUUCAGUGUUAUACUGUGGUGCACUGAUGAAUACUAUUACUAUGCUUUAGCUAUUGUGAUUAUGUCUGUAGUAUCAAUUCUAAGUUCUCUAUAUUCCAUUAAAAAGCAAUAUAUUAUGUUGCAUGACAUGGUGGCAGCUCACAGUACUGUGAGAGUUUCAGUUUGCAGAGUAAAUGAAGAAAAAGAAGAGAUCUUUUCUACAGAACUUGUGCCGGGAGAUGUUAUGGUCAUUCCAUUAAAUGGGACUAUUAUGCCUUGUGAUGCAGUACUUAUUAAUGGUACUUGCAUUGUAAAUGAAAGCAUGUUAACAGGAGAAAGUGUUCCAGUGACAAAGACGAAUUUGCCAAAUCCUUCAGUAGACAUAAAAGGAAUGGGAGAUGAAUUAUAUAGUCCAGAAAUACAUAAACGACACACUUUGUUUUGUGGGACUACUGUUAUUCAAACUCGUUUCUACACUGGAGAGCUUGUCAAGGCCAUAGUAGUUAGAACAGGAUUUAGUACUUCCAAAGGACAGCUUGUUCGUUCCAUAUUGUAUCCCAAACCAACAGAUUUUAAACUCUACAGAGAUGCCUACUUGUUUCUUCUGUGUCUUGUGGCGGUGGCUGCCAUUGGGUUUAUCUACACUAUUAUCAAUAGCAUUCUAAAUGAGGUGGAGAUUGGAGUAAUAAUUAUCGAGUCUCUUGAUAUCAUUACAAUCACUGUGCCACCUGCACUUCCUGCUGCAAUGACUGCUGGUAUUGUGUAUGCUCAAAGAAGACUGAAAAAAAUUGGUAUUUUCUGCAUCAGUCCCCAAAGGAUAAAUAUAUGUGGACAGCUGAAUCUUGUUUGCUUUGACAAGACUGGAACUCUUACUGAAGAUGGUUUAGAUCUUUGGGGGAUUCAACGAGUGGAAAAUACACGUUUUCUUUUGCCAGAAGAAAAUGUUUGCAAUGAGAUGUUGGUAAAAUCUCAGUUUGUUGCUUGUAUGGCUACUUGCCAUUCACUCACAAAAAUUGAAGGAGUGCUUUCUGGUGAUCCACUUGAUUUGAAAAUGUUUGAAGCCAUCGGAUGGAUUCUGGAGGAAGCAACUGAAGAGGAAACAGCACUUCAUAAUCGAAUUAUGCCAACUGUGGUUCGUCCUCCAAAACAACUGCUUCCUGAAUCUACACCUGCAGGAGACCAGGAAAUGGAGCUGUUUGAACUUCCAGCUAUUUAUGAGAUAGGAAUUGUUCGCCAGUUCCCAUUUUCUUCUGCUUUGCAACGUAUGAGUGUGGUUGCAAGGGUGCUAGGGGAUAAAAAAAUGGAUGCCUACAUGAAAGGAGCACCUGAGGUCAUUGCCAGUCUUUGUAAACCUGAAACAAUUCCUGUUGAUUUUGAAAAUGUUUUAGAGGAUUACACUAAACAAGGCUUCCGUGUAAUUGCUCUUGCACACAGAAAAUUGGAGUCAAAACUGACAUGGCAUAAAGUGCAGAAUAUUAGCAGAGAUGCCAUUGAAAACAACAUGGAUUUUAUGGGAUUAAUUAUAAUGCAGAACAAAUUAAAGCGAGAAACCCCUGCAGUACUUGAAGAUUUGCAUAAAGCCAACAUUCGCACUGUCAUGGUCACAGGUGACAACAUGUUGACUGCUGUCUCUGUGGCCAGAGACUGUGGAAUGAUACUACCUCAGGAUAAAGUUAUUAUUGCUGAAGCAUUACCUCCAAAGGAUGGAAAAGUUGCCAAAAUAAACUGGCAUUAUGCAGACACUCUAACACAGUGCAGUAAUUCAUCAGCAAUUGACUCAGAGGCAAUACCAAUUAAAUCAGUCCACGAUAGCUUAGAGGAUCUUCAGGUGUCUCGUUAUCAUUUUGCAAUGAAUGGAAAAUCAUUUUCAGUGAUACUGGAGCAUUUUCAAGACCUUGUUCCAAAGUUGAUGUUGCAUGGCACUGUGUUUGCUCGUAUGGCACCUGAUCAGAAGACACAAUUAGUAGAAGCAUUGCAAAAUGUAGAUUACUUUGUUGGGAUGUGUGGUGAUGGUGCAAAUGAUUGUGGUGCUCUAAAGAGGGCACAUGGAGGCAUUUCUUUAUCAGAGCUCGAGGCUUCAGUGGCAUCUCCCUUUACCUCCAAAACUCCUAGUAUUUCCUGUGUGCCAAACCUCAUCAGGGAAGGCCGUGCUGCUUUAAUGACUUCCUUCUGUGUGUUUAAAUUUAUGGCUUUGUACAGCAUUAUACAAUACUUCAGUGUUACUCUACUGUAUUCCGUCUUAAGUAACCUAGGAGACUUCCAGUUUCUCUUCAUUGAUCUGGCAAUCAUUUUGGUAGUGGUAUUUACAAUGAGUUUAAAUCCUGCCUGGAAGGAACUUGUGGCACAAAGACCACCUUCAGGUCUCAUAUCGGGGGCCCUUCUCUUCUCCGUUUUGUCUCAGAUCAUCAUCAGCAUUGGAUUUCAGUCUUUGGGGUUUUUUUGGGUCAAGCAGCAACCUUGGUAUGAAAUAUGGCAUCCACAUUCAGAUGCUUGUAAUACAACAGGAAGCCUAUAUGGGAAUUUUUCACAUUUGUACAAUGAAACCGAAGAUGAUCCACAUAAUAUACAAAAUUAUGAAAAUACCACAGUGUUUUUUAUCUCCAGUUUUCAGUACCUCAUAGUGGCAAUUGCCUUUUCAAAAGGAAAACCUUUCAGGCAACCUUGCUACAAGAAUUAUCUUUUUGUUUUGUCUGUGAUUAUUUUGUAUGUUUUCAUAUUAUUCAUCAUGUUGCAUCCAGUUGCCUCUAUUGACCAGGCUCUUCAGAUUGUGUGUGUACCAUAUCAGUGGCGUAUAACUAUGCUCAUCAUUGUUCUUGUAAAUGCCCUUGUAUCUAUCAUGGUGGAGAACUUCUGCCUUGACAUGGUCCUUUGGAAAGUUGUGUUCAAUCGAGACAGACAAGGAGAGUAUCGCUUCACCACCACACAGCCAGCACAGGAGUCAGUGGAUUAUUGGGGGAAAUGCUGCUUGUCCUGUGCCCUGGACUGUAGAAAGAAGAUACCAAAAGCAAAGUACAUGUAUCUGGCUCAGGAGCUCUUGGUUGACCCGGAAUGGCCACCAAAACCUCAGACGACAACAGAAGCUAAAGCUUUAGUUAAAGAAAAUGGAUCAUGUCAAAUCAUCACCAUAACAUAGCAGCGCAUCAGUCUCGAUGGGAUGCUAGUAGCAGUAUUGAACAGAAUGUAAUUUAGGACUUCCUGAUCCUGUGUGUCAGAUGGCAUCAUUUCAAUCUGUGUUCCUUCUGAUAUAGUAGCUGAUUUCAGAGCUUUUUUUUUUUUUUAAACAAAAGAAACAAAAAUAAAAGAUUGGCAUGCCAGCUAAAUUAAUAAUCAA